UCUAUCAGUCUAAUGAGAUGUGCACAUUAUCUCUUAUGUGUAGACUGCAGUGGAUUUAGUGUGUUCGACUUGCAGUAAUUAUGGCGACUGUAGCCUGCCCUAGCUUGCAAGAUGAAGCCAGUAAACUUGGGCUGAGACUGAGUACACCGAACACAACAGAGGGCACCCGUGUUUCUGUCACGUGUCUAGACAAACAUCUGACGUCACAUUAUGUCUACAUAUGUCAGUCUAAUGGGAGCUGGACAUCGCACUUACAACAGUGUCAAGAUGAGGAUGAUCUGACGGAGCGAGAGAUCGCCAUCAUUGCCUCGUGUUCUGCUGCUGUUGGGGUCCUGUUGGUCAUCGUCCUGGUCGUGGUCGUGUGGCUUAGGUGUGCCAAAAGGAAAGAGAUGUUCAUGAGAACAGAAAGGCUCCAGUCAAGGCUCCAAGCAACAUCGAUACGAGAUCCUCUCGAGGAGAUGGUGAUACGUGAGUCCAAGAGAAACUUCACCCACCCGCCGUCAAUACAGACAAGUGCUCAGAGCACUUUGUACAAAGUUUGGAACUUGAACCGAACAAAAAAACAAUUUGUUUAUGCUACAUCACUAAAGGAUCUCAUUGAAAAAGCAACAGAAAAGUUGGAGUUAAAGAGAGCAGAGAAGAUAGUUCUAGAAGAAGAUGGAACAGAAGUCAGCUCUGAUGAUGUGCUAGCAGCCUGUGUUGGUGCUGUGCUGAUGGUGCUGGAGGAUGGAGAAGAAUGGGUUCCAAGUAUCUCCAUCGUCAAUCUCAACUCCACACCAGGACCAAGGACUAGUGGCAUCAGUUUGGUGAAUGGUUACAGCUUCAGGGGGAGUUUACUUGGUCAGAAACUUGUCAUUAAUGAAGGGGAGGUCAAUGAUGGCUUUGUAUUGAAUGAAGAUAAAUUAUAUAAAAAUUUGUAAAUAGUUUAAACAAUGUAAUCUUGAACAGAUGCGUUGUAGGUUGUAUUUAAUGUAUUUACCUGCGUCUUGCCUAGUUGACCUUAUGACAUUUAUUAAAGGAUUUUUUUAAUCAUGCCAAAGUAUGUCCAGCAAUAAAUUUCAAACUUAAUUUAUACCAUAACCAUUAUUAGCUUGUAUUGUAUAUACCAUACUUCAUCACCAAAUAAAUCUGUUAUCUCCAUCUCUUUUGUAAUUGCCUGUUUCUAGAAUCCAGCCAUGCAGUGACAAAUUUUAUACAUAC